CUCCGCAUUCCAACAAGGGGGACGUUUGUAUCGUCUAUAAUUCUUAUUUUUGCCAUAGAUGCCGCCCCAAAUCAAUUCAAAGGCGGAGGGCAUCUUGAUCCCUUCGCACGACCUCCCGACCCCCGAGCCCGAGUCACCACUUCGCCCCCGCCAACCCUACCGCUUUGCGACUCUCUGUGCCACGGUCGAAAAUCCGGACCGGAAAGACCAGUACGGCUCAAGCUCUGUGCCUAUCUACCAGACGUCCACAUUCAAGGGCAUCGGCGGAGAGUAUGAUUAUACCAGAAGCGGGAAUCCGACCAGAAGUCACUUGGAACAUCACAUCGCGAAAAUAUCAUCUGCUUCUCAUGCUUUCGCGGUCUCGUCCGGCAUGGCCGCUCUGGAUGUCAUCCUCCGCCUCCUCAAACCCGGAGACGAAGUUAUCGCCGGUGAUGAUAUUUACGGCGGAACCAACCGUCUUCUCGGAUAUGUGAGAGAGCACGUCGGUGUUAUUGUUCACCAUGUCGACACCACAGAUCCCACCACACUUCACGCGCACAUCAAGGCAGGCAAGACCGCCAUGGUCCUACUUGAGAGCCCUACCAACCCGCUUCUUAAAAUCGCCGACCUUGCGACGAUCGCUGCAGAUGUGAAAGAGCGCGCCCCCGACGCGAUCAUUGUGGUCGAUAACACAAUGAUGAGCCCAUACCUCCAGCGGCCACUUGAGCACGGUGCGGACAUCGUAUACGAUAGUGCGACGAAAUAUCUAAGUGGACACCACGAUCUUAUGGCUGGGAUCAUCACCUGCAACCGUGAUGACAUUGCCAAGCAAAUGGCAUUCGUGAUCAACUCCAUCGGAAACGCGCUCACACCUUUCGACUGCUUCCUUCUCCUUCGUGGUGUCAAGACUUUGGCCAUUCGGAUGGAUAGGCAGCAGACCACUGCUAUGAGUGUUGCCAGCAUGCUCGACCGUUUGGGGUUCAAAGUGCACUAUCCAGGUCUGGCCAACCAUCCCGGCAGAGAAAUCCAUGAACGCAUUGCAGAUGGGUAUGGUGCCGUGCUCAGCUUCACGACUGGAGACAAAGCCUUGAGCGAACGCAUCGUCGGCGCCACCCGCCUGUGGGGUAUCAGUGUUAGCUUCGGAUGCGUUAACUCGCUGAUCAGCAUGCCAUGUGUUAUGUCGCACGCCUCCAUCGACGCUGCAACGCGCGCGGAGCGCGGUCUUCCAGAAGACCUCAUCCGCCUGUGCGUCGGUAUCGAGGACCCCGCUGACCUCAUCGAUGAUCUCGAACGCGCACUGCUCGAAGCUGGUGCGAUCACGGUCUCCGCCGGUGCGGACGAACAACAGUUCGUGAGGGCUUCGUUGAGGGAAGGCGUUUCGAUCAGCCGUGCGGUUGAGAAGCUGGCCUUCAACGAGAACAAGCGCCCGCUGGAGAAUAGGGAGUGGUUCGUGAGUGCUCCGGGCAAGGUCAUCCUUUUCGGAGAGCAUGCUGUCGUGCAUGGUGUGACUGCUGUGGCGGCGUCAGUGGACCUGCGCUGUUAUGGACUAACUUCGCCACGGCAUGACGGCAAGAUCUGCGUUAAUUUCGCCGAUAUCGAUGACUUUACCCACGAGUGGGUUUUGGACGAUCUUCCGUGGGAUGCCGUCACCUCCAUACGUGUGGGGGACAAGCACCCCGAACUCCUGGAUCAGAAGCUCGUAGAAGCUAUCAUCAAAAGGGCUUUGCCUGAUGAUAUUGAAGCUAAGGCGAAGAUGGCCGCGGUUGCGUUCUUAUACCUUUACAUGGUAAUGGCCCACGGUGGCGAGAGGCCCUCAUUCGAUUUCUCUGUGAGAUCCACCCUGCCUGUCGGCGCCGGCCUUGGUUCUUCGGCGUCCUUCUCUGUUUGUGUAGCCACUGCGCUGUUGCUACUUCACCAACGUAUCUCCCUUCCCCCUCUUCCUCCCCCUGCUCGCGAGCCCGACACGAAUGAUCCGGGGCAUAUUCAUAUUUCUCACAAGGGCCGAAGGGCCCUCCCUACCGACAUUGCCGAAGAAGCCAAUCUGUGGGCUUUCGUGGCCGAGAAAGUCUUGCACGGAAACCCUAGUGGGGUUGACAAUUCCGUGUCAGUGUACGGAGGCGCUUUGGCCUACACUCGUCCGGGCUUCUCUCGUAAUAAAGGCGGAAUGGAAGCCAUUCAAGGAUUCAAGUCUCUCAGGUUUUUGCUAACCGACUCCAAGGUCCCGCGCGAUACAAAGCGCCUGGUGGCAGGCGUUGCUGCGAAGAAGCUUCAAGAGCCGGAACUUGUGGAUCAUAUUCUAGAUCAGAUACAAAGUAUCAUCGACGAAUCUCGACGUGCCCUGUUGGACCCUGAGCUACCCAGGGAAUCAUUGCUUUCAGCGCUUUCUGCAUUGAUUGACGAGAACCAUGCUCAUCUGGUCGCUCUUGGUGUAUCCCAUCCUGUGCUGGAAAAUAUCAGGGCAACGACCGCUGCGCCACCGUACUCGCUUAGUACGAAGCUCACUGGCGCUGGCGGAGGUGGAUGCUCCGUUACACUCGUACCUGAUGAUAUCAACGAGGCUGUCCUCCGCGAGCUUAUGGACUCCUUAACAAGCAGCGGCUACGCAACGUAUUUGACAUCUGUCGGGGGGAGUGGGCUCGGAGUCUUAUCUCCUUGGACCGACAUUUACCGAGGUCCGGUGACUCCACCGGAGUCAAGGGAUGAGAUUGCGGAAGGUACAGCUCAGGACAAGCACAGGGACUCGCUCCGGAAGGCGUUCAAUGAGCAGUCGAUCACGAAGCUGACGGAGUGGGCGGAUGGGAGGGGCAGGUGGUUGUACGUUUAAUAGAUUUCGGCGGCUUCAAACCGCGAACGCAUAGAUUGCACAUUACCCGGUGCUUUUACUAUGCUGUGUAUGAUAUCAGGGACGACGUUUUCGAUGGCGUUGCGCUGUCAUCCCAAUUGUGUUCAAGGGUCGUUCUCGGCGUUUCCGGUAACUUUGAUGCAAACGAUAGCCAUGGCAGAUGAAUGUUCAAGUCGAAUGGCCUU